AUGGAAGAUCGCAUUCAGUUCGACAUUAAUGACUCGCUCAAAUUUUAUUUAAGCGAUCCGGCCUCCGUGCCUACGCUCGAUGCCGAUCCCGACCUGCUCGACUGCGAAACCGACCCAGAUCAAUUGUCACCCGUCAUUAUCGAUAACGUUCUUAAUCCGAUCGUGGAUGCCAUUGCUGAGCAUCCGGAAGGCCUCGCUAGGGGAUCUUUCUAUGAUUCAUUGCAAUUCCUAUUGAAAUACUCCGUCUUUUUCCCCACCCGAACUCUAAGCAAACUCCUCGAUCUUGUCGUUUCCGGCCUCUCGGUAGAAGCAGAUAUUAUCCAUGGCGAUCUCGAAUCUGACGAGCAGGACGCAAUCCAGCAGCAUAAAACCUUAUUGGAGAUGUACGGGUUCCUACUGCAGUGGGCCUUUUCGGCUGUUGAGCUCAAAGCCGCUGAAAAGCCAACGGAGGCUGCUCCUGCCAGGAGAGGCGCAGGCAAAUCUACCAAAUCUAAGGCCAAUACCAAGGAUGGAAAUUGGGACUGGACAGCACAGAUUCAAGCUGCAAUGGAAACCAUGUGCAAGGUGAUGAAACUUAAACUGGGCAGGAUUUUCUUGACAACUUCAGACCGCGAUACAUUCAUCAACCUGUUCACCCGCUCAAUCUAUCUGAUCCUGGAGAGUGAGCAGCGCGUUAAGAGCAUGAGCAUUCGGAUGCAUGCCUUCAAGGUCCUCUGCAUCGCGGUGAAACACCACGGACAUGCAUUUGGGGCCCAGACAUCUAUUGUACAAAGCCUGACAUAUUUUGAGCACUUGUCCGAACCGAUGGCAGAAUUCUUGCACAUCCUCGCGGAACAAUAUGACUACCCCCAGCUCUCGGAUGAGAUAUUGAAGGAGCUUGGGAACAAAGAGUUCAAUUCCAAUGAUACCCGCGGACCGAAAUCUGUCUCCUCUUUCAUCAUCAAACUCUCAGAGCUAGCACCUCGGUUGAUCAUUAAGCAGAUGACUCUCUUAGCUAAACAGCUAGACAGCGAGGCCUACACCCUGAGAUGCGCAGUGAUUGAAGUCUGCGGAAAUUUGAUAUCCGACCUCAGUCGGCAAGAAGAACGGGGCGAUAAUUACAAAACCCAGAUAAACGCUUUCUUCGACGUUCUAGAGGAACGCUUUCUUGACAUUAAUCCUUACUGCAGAUGCCGGGCCAUUCAGGUAUAUAUGAGAAUUUGCGAUUUGGAGCAAAAAUUUCCGAAAAGACGGCAUGCAGUUGCAGAGCUGGCGGCGAGAAGUCUGGAAGACAAAAGCAGCAAUGUACGACGGAACGCUAUCAAACUACUCGCCAAAUUGGUCUCAACCCAUCCAUUCGGUGUCAUGCAUGGAGGGCAGCUUUCACUUAAAGAGUGGGCAGCACGGCUCGAUGGAGUAGAUGCUGAGCUGAAUGCGCUGAGACCCCCUGAAACACAGGGCUUUGAAGGUGGUGAUGCAUCCCAUGUUGAUAGUGUAUUAUUGGAUGAUGCAACUCAAUUGCCAGAAGAGUCUCCAGCCAAAACAACACGUCUGACUGAGGAACAGAAAGCAGCAGCAAUCAAGCAUGCCGCGGAACAGGCGGCAACGUCAGAACUGCUCACACGACUCCAGCUAACAAGAAAAUAUUACAACGAGGCCAUCCGCUUCAUUGAAGUCCUUCACGUGGCCUCUGCUACUGUUGCUCAGCUCUUAUCGUCAAGGAACAAAAGUGAGGCUAUUGAAGCCAUGGACUUCUUCGUCGUACUUGAUGCCUACAAGGUUGAGACUUCCCGUAGUGGAAUUCGCCGAAUGCUGCGACUUAUCUGGACAAAAGGUAACAGUGAUGAAGGCAAGGGAGUCCAAACUCAUCUGAUCGACUGCUACAAGGGGCUUUUCUUCGAAGCACCGGACUCGUUCAGUCCAAAUGAUGCUGCAAAUUACAUAGCACGGAAUAUGAUUAGCUUGACCUUUGGCGCAACACCUGCUGAGCUCACUUGUCUAGAACAGUUAUUGAGCACCAUGAUGAAGGCAGGCCACAUACCUGAAGUCGUCAUUUCGAAGUUGUGGCAAGUAUACGGCGUGCAAAAGAAGGAAAUCUCGAAGACACAACGUCGAGGAGCCAUCAUUGUCCUUGGCAUGCUGGCUUUGGCGGACCCUGAGGUUGUCAUUAAGGAGCUCGAGACGAUGCUACGGAUUGGUCUUGGAAAUCUCGGAAGAUCCGACCUUGUGCUUGCGAAAUAUACAUGCACUGCUCUACGUCGGAUGGUGCCGGGCCGUCAGGCAAAGUCAAAAGACAUUGGCAUACCUAAGUUGGCAAAUGAUCAUCCAGUCCUUUCCAACCUCGCGGCUAUCAUAGAGAUUGUAUCAAUGAGCAAAGAGUGGUACGGAGUGGCGGAGCAAGCUAUUAGCGCCAUCUAUACACUAUCGAAGCAUCCAGAUGUGCUAUGUUCUGACAUUCUCAAACGGAAGACUAGAUUUGUCUUCCAGACUCAUGCUCAAAGGUCUUGUUCUCAAGCACCUGGUGAAGGACAGGAACAACAGCCUGGCAUCACUCCCACCGAGAGCCAAGCAACAGGGCCAAAGACAUCCCCCGCCGGUUUGUCACAGCUGCUCUUUGUUGUCGGCCAUAUCGCGAUCAAGCAAAUCGUUCACCUGGAAUUGUGUGAGCUUGACUUUAAGCGCCGCAAGGCAGAACAGGAAAAGAACAAACCUGCGCAACCAUCAGAACACAAAGAUUCCAAAGAGGAGGAUGAAUUAGAUCUUAUCGGCGGGACAACCGAGGACGACUUCACAGACGCCAUGGCUCAUAUUCGUGAGAGGGAGUUGCUCUACGGAGACAAGUCGCUGCUUUCCAAUUUUGGCCCCUUGGUCACGGAGAUCUGCGCCAACAGCAACAUAUACUCUGACCGAGACCUUCAAGCAGCGGCAACUCUUUGCAUGGCUAAGCUCAUGUGUGUUUCGGCGGAGUACUGCGAGAAAAAUCUUCCACUUUUAAUCACCAUCAUGGAGCGUUCAGAUGACCCCAUAGUUCGCAGUAAUGUCGUCAUCGCUCUUGGAGACAUGGCAGUCUGUUUCAACCACCUGAUUGAUGAGAACACUGAUUUUCUCUAUCGUCGCUUGAAUGAUGACGAUGUUUCGGUAAAACGCACGUGCCUCAUGACUCUCACGUUCUUGAUCCUGGCGGGCCAGGUCAAGGUCAAGGGGCAGUUGGGCGAAAUGGCCAAGUGCCUCGAAGAUGAGGAUAAGAGAAUUGCCGACUUGGCACGUAUGUUCUUCACAGAAUUGGCCACCAAGGACAACGCUGUUUAUAAUCACUUUGUGGACAUGUUCAGCCUGCUGAGCGCGGAACGCAACCUGGAGGAGACUUCAUUGAAACGCAUCGUUAAAUUCCUGGUUGGUUUCGUCGAAAAGGAGAAACAUGCACGACAACUUGCCGAGAAACUAGCUGCUCGACUGCCAAGAUGCGAGACUGAACGCCAAUGGAACGACGUUGCUUAUGCCCUGUCUCUACUUCCCCACAAGAAUGAGGACAUUACCAGAACAGUGACUGCAGGCUUCAAUAAGGUUGUUACUGCAAAUGCCUGA